UUGACAAAUGGCGGUCUGUAUAAACUUUGAAAAACAGAAAAGAGGACAUAUUCAUUGAUUUUGAUACAUCUGGUGAACAGUUAUGAUAAAUAUAUUGGUAUUUCCAGAAGUUCAAUGUGAGAUAAAGGUUGAGAAAAAGGAAAUGGAAGUCAUUCUGAAAUUAAAAUGAGGGAGAAAUGAGCAAAGGAAAGCAAGCCACACUAUUUCAAAGUUGGGGAUCAAAUGCAAAAAAGAAAACUUCUCAUGCAUCAUCUUCAAAUCAAGUGCCUGAGGUCAUUGAUUUGAGUGACCUUGAUGAUGAGGAUGAUGAUCUACUUGCUUGUGCAUUAAAUGAAUCUAUUGGAGAAAGCAGUAACAAACCGCAUGAAAAUGAGGCACAUGAACAAGAUGAAGACCCCUGUAACAUCUCCAUGGGAGUGGACAUGUUUCCCUGUACCCAGGCUCAGUCACAGAUGGGGCAGACAGGGUUUGAUAAGGUGGCGGGAAAACUGUGGAUCUAUCCCACAAAUUACCCAGUACGAGAGUACCAGUAUAACAUUGUGCAACAAGCACUCUUCAAGAACACCAUGGUCACUCUACCCACAGGAUUGGGAAAGACUUUCAUUGCAUCUGUUGUCAUGUUCAACUUCUACAGAUGGUAUCCUCAGGGAAAGAUUGUGUUUAUGGCUCCAACCAAACCCCUGGUAGCACAACAAAUUGAGGCUUGUUACAACAUAAUGGGAAUUCCCCAAGAACACACAGCAGAAAUGACUGGAACUAUGCCCCCAAAGGAAAGACGUCAGGCCUGGGAGGAGAAGCGGGUCUUCUUCCUCACUCCACAGGUUCUGACAAACGACCUGUCUCGGGGGACCUGCCCCGCCCCUCAGGUGAAGUGUGUGGUUGUAGAUGAAGCCCAUAAGGCGCUGGGAAAUCAUGCUUACUGUCAGGUUGUUCGAGAAUUGAUUAACUAUUCAAAUGAAUUUCGUGUAUUGGCACUUAGUGCAACUCCAGGAUCUGAUAUAAAGGCAGUACAACAGGUGCUCUCUAACCUGCUGAUCUCACACAUUGAACUAAGAACAGAAGAGUCCCCUGACAUCAAGCAGUACUCUUUUGAGCGACAGGUGGACAAAAUCAUUGUACCAUUCAGCAAAGAACUGACGGAGGUCAAGAAUAGAUAUAUCAAGAUAAUGGAAGUGAUUGUAGGAAAAUUAAAGAAGUUUGGUGUGAUUUACAACAGAGAGGCCACCAGUCUGUCUAAGUUUAUUCUGCUGAAGUCAAGAGAAGCCUUCCGUCAGAACCCACCCCACAGGCUGCCUAGAUCACAAUAUGGUAUUGUAGAAGGGGAUUUUGCUUUGGCGAUUUCUCUCUAUCAUGGGUAUGAAUUGGUUCAGCUACAUGGAUUACGAUCCCUGUACAACUUCUUGGAGGGAACCAUCAAUGGAGAAAAGGGUCAUGGUCGAACAAGAACAGAGCUGAUGAAAAUUCCCGAUUUCAGUGACCUGAUGAAUAUGCUGUGUGAAAAGUUUGGGAAAAUGAAAGGGCAAAGAGAAGGCAACUCUUUUGUUUCAGGACAUCCCAAAUUAGCCAAACUUGAAGAGGUUGUGUUAGACCAUUUCAAGUCCAUAGAAGACAGCUGUAAUGGACAGAGUGAAGUGACAACAAGAAUCAUGAUAUUCUCCCAGUACAGAGACAGUGUGGAGGAGAUCACUAGCAUGCUCCAGCAGCAUGAACCCCAGGUCAAGGCCAUGAGUUUUAUAGGUCAAUCGUCAGCUGGCAAGGCCACCAAAGGCUUCACUCAAAAGGAACAGCUCAAGGUGAUGAAGAAAUUCCGGGAGGGUCGCUACAACACCCUGGUGGCUACUUGUGUUGGAGAGGAGGGUCUGGAUAUUGGGGAGGUGGAUCUAAUUAUUUGUUAUGAUGCCAGUAAAAGUCCAAUCAGACUGGUCCAGAGAAUGGGAAGAACGGGGAGGAAACGACAGGGACGAAUCGUCAUGCUGGUCGCUCAGGGCAAGGAGGAACAGAUAUACAAUCAAGGAGUCUACUCCAAGAAGAGCAUUCAUAAGGCUAUCCUGAACAGUGCCAAGACUCUCCAGUUUUACCAGAAUAAUCCACGGAUGAUUCCAGAGGGACUGGAUCCAAAGAGUCAUAAAAUGUUUAUUACAGUGAAGCAAGCUUACAAGCCAAGCAAGGAGAUCAUACUGGACUCCCAGCCACCCUCAAAACCAGCUAAAGCUAAAAAAGCUUCUAAAACAUCCAGAGAGUCUGACAGCUUUUUGACAUCUGAUGAGCUUACAAAGAUGAAGGAAAUGAUGACUCUAGCAAAGCCCUUACCCAAGUCCUGCCAUUUCCUCUCAUUGGGUGAUGACGCUGAAGAGGAUUCCUCUAAGGAUACACUAUCAUACAACAACUGGAUGCCCUGGCAGAACGCCCUACAGUCAGAGCACCAGAUCAGUCACUCCAACAGAACCAGGAAGUUUGUAGACACUGUCAAGUUUAUUGAACUUCAAGGCUGUGUAGAUGAAAACAGCUAUGAUGAAGAAAUGAGGCUGUAUUUAGACCCAGAGGAUAUUGUUGAUCCCACAAAGAAGAAUUCAAACAUUCAGCAGUUAGAGAAAGACUCAUCCACAGGCAAAAAGCCUGUAAAAAAGACCCGUGUGAGACGAAGUGAACAGCUGCCUCAGUUUGAUCCUAUCGAGGAGGAGAGUGAUGAUGAUCUCCCAGUGGGUUUAUUUCAAAGAGACCAGAAUUCAGAAAUGGAGGUAGAUGGUGAGGAUAAUAACCAGAAAAUACCAGGGAAAAAUGUAGGUGAGGAUGAUGACCAGAAAACAUCAAAGCAGAAGAGAGAGACUAAUUACCCAUCUGUACUGCUGAAUGAAGAAAUGGAAGAAGCUCAGGUCAAAAGUAGAAUCAGGAGGCGGUCAGAGGUCAAAGGGAAGAGGAAGUCUUCUGUUGGUGGGAGGAAUUCGUUAAAUGCCAGGGCUAGAAGAAAGAAAAGCUUACCUAUAGCUUGUGCAAAUUCUUCUGUUGUGUCCAUAAUAGCAGACAAUGAUGAGAAUGACUUUGAAGGUGUGAACAAUUCAGAAAGUAAUAGCAGUGAGUUAAACCAGAGUGAGGCUUCUUUAGGUUCUAAGAAACCAUUACAAACAAUUCUGGAAACCUAUAAUAAAGCAAUAAAUAAAAUCACAAAUUCUAACCCUGUCUUACAAACUGUUCCAGAAAUCAUAACUAUUGAUGAAGAUAUGGAUCAUCAGAAAUCUUGUGUUCAGGACAAUGACCUAGAAAAUCAUCGUGAAAAUGUUGACAUUUCCAGUGAGUCUGGAUGUUACUCUAUGAAUGCACCAGCAUCACCUAUGUCAUCUGAUAGUGAGGCUUUCAGCAUCCCAGAGGCACCUCCUGUGGAAGAAUUGGAAGAAAUGAUAAGUCUACUGGAGAGAUCACCCAAAUUUCCUGAAGAUCUGCUGCCCAUUGUUCAGGAAUGGGAACUACAGCAUCUUAAAAAGGUUGUGUUUGCUGAAGAAAAGCAGUCUGUUUCUUCUUGUGAUAUUGAUACUGUUGACAUUCCAUGUGUUCCUAAGGAUGACAGAAGAAGUGAUGCUUCUUCAAAUAAAUUAGUGACAGAAAAUAGCCCUGUGAAGAUAAUGGAUAAAGGUAAUUCAGUGAUUACAAGCUCUGUGAAGGAUAAAGCUAUUGAACAGAAUCAUGUGAGAGAGAAUAAUUUAUUAGAAAUUAGUGACAAAGAUAAUUCAGCAAUAAUUGCAGGCAAUACAGAGGUCAGCAAUAAUGCAGCUGAAACUCAGAUUUCUGCAAUGGAUGCAGACAAUGAAGUUGAGCCCAUUAAAAGUAAUGUUACAGGUCAUAUUGAAUGUGUGGACACUAAAGCAGUUUCUGAUAGUGUUGUGAAAAACGAGGGUAUUUCCAAAAAUGAAGAAUUAAAUUUUUCUGAUGAUGACAGUUUCCUGCAUUCUCCACCUAAUUUUGACUUAAGUUUUUCCGAAGUCUUGGUAGAACAACAGACAAAUUCAAACAAGGAUCAGAAAUUGGGCAGUGAAGUUGGUAAGGACUCAGAGUUGCAAAGUGAAAAAACUUUAUCUGCAGGCUCAGAUGAAAAAAUGUGCAAUAAAACAGAGACAGUCAUGAACACAGCUAAAAGAACUAUAAACCCUGCUGACUUGAAUUCAUAUUUUGAUGAUUCUUUCUUGGACGGUGAACUACAGGAUUCAGUUCUGGCUCAAGACAAACUAGAGACUCUACCUCAUAACAAUAACUCCUCAGACCUUGAAAAGGAGCAAAGUCUUUCCCCUAAAAACAGUCCCUUGAGAAAACUCUCUCCAAAAGACGAUGAUUAUACUUUCACUCAAGCAAUGGCAGUUGUGCAUGAUAGUGAGGAAAUGUUUCCAGCAUCUGACUUAAAUUCAGAGAGUGUCCUUGCAGGAACUUCUGCUGCUAAAGUGAAAGAAAACACCAACUCUGUUCCACAAGAUGAAACACAAGAUGCAGCCAUUAGUCAUUUGGAUAACACCUCUGUUAGUGGCAGCCAAGACAAAACAACAUCCAAAGCAGAAAACCAUUUAAAUGAAACAGAGUUUACAAAAUUGCAGAACAAGCCUGAAAGAACUGCAACCUCUUUCAGUAGUUCUGAGGAGGAUGAGGACCUUAGUGCUCUAGCACAGUUUGACCUGGGAUUUGACCUGGAUGAUGUCAUUCCACCAUCUCCCUGUGUAAGCCAGAGUCUCUCACAAGGUGCUUUUUCCAAAUGUCGAAGUCUCUUAAAGAGUAGAAAGUCAUUGGCUUCGACAUAUCAGAGUCAAGAGUUCAAACCAUCAGAAAAUGUCCAGGAAGAGGAUCUGUAUUUACAAGUGAUGGAAGACAAAGGUCUCCCAACAAAUUUUGACUCAAUCAGUGAGGAACCUGAAAAGGAGAAGUGUUCUCCAAAACAGAGUCAUCUUUCUUCUGAUAUUCCUGAGGACUUUGAGCAACCUCCUUCUCCUGUCUUGUCUGGCAGAAGAUCACUAAGUCAAAAGUCCACCUCUGUAUCUGAAGAGAAGAUGUCUAAGUCACCAUCUCUUAGUCAACUAAACAAGAAGUUGUCACCAACUGUGGAUCAAGCGAAUAAGAGGUCUGUAUCAUCAUGUGUGGAUCAAACCAUCAAUGUUAAGUCAAUGUCACCAUCUCCUCUACAUGAAGUAAGCACGAAAGCUGUGUCACCCAAAACAUCACCUUCCAUACUGAAGUACAAAGAAACAGUGGAUAGUUUUUCAUCUGAUGAGGAAGUUGUAGCUGUAAAAAGAAAAAGGAAAGCAGUUAUAUUGGAUUCUCCUGUUACACCAUUGACACAAAAACAAACAGUCGAUUAUUUUGAGACCCCUCUAAAACCUGAAGAUGUGCAAAGUGGUUUGAAUCCAGUUACUCAUGACGAUUUUGUUACUCCUAUUAAAUCUAAUCUUAAAAAGACUGUAAACUUCGACUCUAGCUGUGAGAAGUCAAUCCAGAAAAAAGGUAGCCAUGCUGUGUCAUUUGCUCUACCUCCAGAUUUUAGUGAUGAUGAUGAUUUUGAAGUAGACAUAACAGCUUUAAAGAAAUCUGUCCAAAAUAAACAUUGUAAUAAAAAGGGUAAGAAUCCAAUGAAGAAAGCUAGCAAAGAAGCAAAAGGAAGGAAAUCUAAAUCCCCGCUUGCAGCUGAAUUUCUGGAGGUUGAAGCAGAAGUAUCUGAUGAAGAGGUGGAAUAUUCUUGUGAUGAAGAGGAGGGGAGUGAUAUGGAUCACUAUGAGGACAGUUUUAUUGGAGAUGCCACUCAGCUUUCACAGAGAAGUUCAGAUAACAUGCAGGCCAUUUAUCUCAAGUCUGUGAAAAGUCCUCCAGUGAGAGGAAGGUUUAAACUGUCUAGUCACCAUUACAACAUGGAUGUUUAUUCUCAGGCUCCUCCUGAGGAAGAGUCUCAGUAUCUGGAGGACAGCUUUGUGGUGGAUGAGGAGGAGGAAGAAGAAGAAGAGGAUUCUAUAAUGCAUGAUAGUGUGGAUGAAGUGACGAUGUUGAAUGUAUCAGAACUCUCUUGUGUGGGAAGGAGAACAAGGUGGUCCAAACCUGUGAAGAGAACUGUUGGUACUGUCCAGCAGAAGAACGAAGGCGGUUCUAAACGGCGAAGAAUUAAAGUACUGGAGGACUCAUCCAGUGACGGUGAAAAUGCCCACAAUUCAUCAUUUGAAAAUGUUGAUAUAUCUCAUAUUAAACGGAAAUCUCGCAAGGCAUUGCUGUCUUCCAGUAGUGAAGAGGAGGUGCCAGCCCAGGUUACCAAAACCAACAAAGAAAAUCUGACUCUCCUAAAAGAAUCAAACAACAAAGUGUCAAGUCAUCGAAAUGACAAUAGUAUAGGCACAAGUUUGACAUCAAACACAACUCUGAAGACUUCUCCUUCAAUUAUUGAAACGUUAGCUAGUCGUAAAAAUAUAUUAUCAAAGGAAGAACAACAGCGUUUAGAACGUUUGCAAAAACAGAAAGAGAAGCAAGAUGAGUUUCGACGAAAAAUGGCCGAGAAAAAAGCAGCUGAGGCUAGAAAUGUGGUUAAAUGUGAUAGUGAUAAUCCUGGAAGAAGAAGCAUCGUUAGUUCAACGGGGUUGAUUCUAGACAGUUCUUCGAUUGCGACAGUUAACAAAGAAAAACCCAUCAUUUUGGUGGAUUCUCGUGAAAUUAACGGAUGUCAAGAAAUCAUAUCAGAACUGAGAUUUCAGCAUGGUAUAACGGUAAAGACGGCUCAGUUAACUAGCUGUGACUACAUUGUCAGUAAUCGCAUGGGGGUUGAUAGGCAGCAAUGGUCAGAAUUCACCAACGGGUCUCGCAAAGACAAACUUCUAGAAAGAGUUACCGCUCUUUGUGACUUGUUCGACAAACCAGCGUUGAUAAUCGAGAAGGAUCAUGUGAAGGCGGAUGAUAAAAAUUCUAGCAAGCCUUUACACUGGACUAAGUACGUGGAGAAAACUCUUGUACACUUGUUGCGGUCAAAAGUGACGUUGUAUUUCACGGAUCAUCAGAAAGACACGGCGCGCGUGCUUUCAGAAAUCUGUCGUCUGGAAGCCAGAAAAAAUGCUGACAUCGGGGCCCCCACUGACUUGGACGAGACCUCUCAAGCAGAGCUGAGAUUCUAUGUGUCUAUUCCUGGCUUGUCUUAUAUUAGUGCUCUAAAUCUCUGUCAUAAUUAUAAGUCGAUCCGAGGAUUUAUUGUUAGCGAUAUUACUCAAAUCAUGGCCAAUGGCUGCUUGUCCAAAGAGCGAGCCUCUCGAAUAAAGGACUACCUACAGCGGAAAUUUGAUCCACAAAUGCUGCCUUCGGGCAGGUGACGAGAGUUUAUGUAUUUGUUUUUAUUUAUUGCAAAUCAAAUAAAUCAUCGCUUAUCUC